CGCCAACGAACUAUCACUAUCAGUCUGACCAACAUUUAUCUCGAAGAGACGUUAUUUCUUCGCUCUUGAUCAAAUUGAGUCGCCUCUUGUAUCUCUCAACGUCUCUCUGACCUCUCUUGCCUAUCUCCUGAAUAACCAACUGACAUGAUGGUGUGGUCUUCGGCGGUCAUGGUUGUAGCGUUGGCUCUGCUCCCAUCUACUCUUGCGUUUCCAAACUUCGUUCCGAACAUACCGAAUCUAGGAACUGUCACUGGAGGUACGGGGAACAUGGAUUCGCUUGUGCCCGCGCCGUUUGGCGUUGAGAAUAGUACCUGUCAGUCUAUUGGACAUGUCGCACAGUGCAACGGUGCCCCAUCUGGCGGUGGAAACUCAUUUGGCCAAGCGUUCACCACAGCAUCCCAAUCGUGGUCUACCGUUUGCACCGCGGAUAGCGAUGGUGAUGGCUUGACAAACGGCGAAGAACUGGGCGACCCUAGGUGCGUGUGGAUGAGUGGACAAACACCUGAACGUACUACGGGCCUCAGUCAUCCUGGAUUCAGUUGCUCGACUACAUCCAAUCCGUUCUGUCUGAGCGGUCAAUCAGCUCUCACCUCUGUUCCCGGCAUUGUGCUGCUGGCACUGGCUGUUGUGGCCUUGUUGCUGCACUGAUCAUGUGAUCUGCACACACACACACACCACGGUGCUGUAUGGCACACUGGAGUCGACAGCCCACUGAUGCUUUCCACUGUACCAAUGGCCGGCUGACGCAGCAUUGUUCUGCAGUGCAAACUUUUUUUUUUCAAAAGAGUUUCAUCUGGCCAGUGUCAUUUUGGUACUCGGCGCUUUCCAUGCACUCAUGGCUUUCCAGUGUUUGUGCCAUAUCGUGUGUCCGUGCGUGUGCUUUGCUGAAAUGACAUAUCACUUCUUCCGUUUUCACUACCGUAAUUGCUUGUACUUUUUUCUCUCUCCACUUCAAAACACCGAUCAACCAUCUUCCCCGCAGCGGGGAAUGAUCGCAAUGCAUUGGUUAAUCCGAUAGUACUGCCUCGUCUCCUGUCUCUCGCCUUCCCAACACUGGUAAUAGCCUAUUGCCCAACGACAGGAAAACGAAUGUUCUUUA